AUGGACGACUUCGAGGAGCUCGAGCUCCUGUCGUUGGUGUCCAAAGUCACGUCCGAGCUGCAGAACCAUUUGGGCAUCUCCGAGAAGGUCCUCGCCGAGUUCAUCAUCGCGCAACGGCUAGAAUGUAGCGACAUCGACCAGUUCAAAGAGAAGCUGGCCGGCAUGGGCGGCGCCAAAUGGCCAUCCAGCUUGUUCGAGAGUAUAGAUCGUUUAGUGCGCACCAUGCACCCCAGAUUCAAAUCGAACGGAACAAACGGGUCGACCGCAGAGGAGCACUUCGGACGCUCAAGAGAGGAGAAGAAGAGUCUGUUCUCCGGUCUGGCCAUACCCGACAAGGACGUGCCGGCCGAGGAUGGCGACGCCAUAGACGACACCCUGGCCCUUCUGGAGGAUCUGGAGCCAAAGGCGCGACAGCCACGGACGGAUGGGACAUCACGGAAACGCAGCAGAAGUCCCAGAGAGGAAGAUUCGCACCACCGACGCAAGGAGCGGCGCAGAUCUCGCGAUGGGCGCCGGGAUGAUUACGACGGCGACGACCAUCAUGACCGAUCGCGACGGAAACACAGAAGCAGGAGGGACGACUACGAUCGCGGCCGCAGAGACGACGACGAUAUGUUCCGACGGCCCCCGGUACCCGAAGUCGACGACCAACCUAUCUUGAACAAGGUAUACGAGGGCCAUGUCACUGGUAUCAAAGAUUUCGGAGCCUUUGUCAACCUGCAUGGAGUCCGAGGCAAGGUAGAUGGCAUGGUGCAUAUAUCCAGUCUCGUCCAAGGUCAGCGGGUAAACCACCCGUCCGACCUUCUCAUCAGAGGGCAGGACGUCAAGGUGAAGGUCACAAAGAUCGAGGGGAGCCGUAUAGGGCUUUCGAUGAAAGAUGUGGAUCAAGAGACGGGGAGAGACCUCGUUCCACAGGCACGUAUAGGAUCUGGAGCCAACAUGGAGGCCCUUGGCGGAGGCCGCAAUGGAGUUGUGGCGGACAAUACCGCCGCACUGUCAGAGUAUGCUGCACAGCCUCGUCGCCAAAAGAAGCGCAUGACUUCUCCGGAGAGGUGGGAGAUCCGGCAACUGAUCGCUUCGGGUGUUGCCAAGGCUUCGGACUAUCCGGAUCUGGAGGAAGACUACCAUGCCACCCUCAGAGGCGAAGGCGAGUUGGAGCUGGAGCAGGAGGUCGACAUUGAAGUCAGGGAAGAGGAGCCUCCUUUCUUGGUUGGUCAAACGAAACAAUCGCUCGAGCUUUCGCCCAUUAGAGUCGUUAAGGCACCAGAUGGCUCGCUGAACCGUGCCGCCAUGUCGGGAACGAAUCUGGCCAAGGAAAGAAAGGAACUCAAGAGACAAGAACAGGAAGCUGCGUCUGCUGCCGCCGAAGCGGAGUCGAAGUCUGACCUUGCAUCGCAAUGGAAUGAUCCAAUGGCCAACCCAGACUCUAGGCAAUUUGCCAGCGAUAUGCGCAACGCCAGGAUGAACGCGCCAAAGCCUGACGCGGUGCCGGAAUGGAAGCAAGCUGUUGUGAAAAGAGACGAGCCCUUGGGAAGACGGACGAACAUGUCGAUCAAAGAGCAAAGGGAGUCGCUCCCCGUCUACGCAUUCCGGAACCAGCUCAUCAAGGCAGUCAAGGAGAACCAGUUCCUUGUCGUGGUCGGUGAGACUGGAUCAGGCAAGACGACACAACUGACGCAAUAUCUUGCAGAGGCUGGUUUUACCAACGAUGGCAUGUUGGGCUGUACGCAGCCGCGUCGUGUUGCCGCCAUAUCAGUCGCCAAGCGCGUGUCGGAAGAAGUUGGUUGUGAACUCGGUCAAGAAGUUGGAUACUGUGUCCGUUUCGACGACAAGACCGGCCCUGCAACGAAGAUCAAGUACAUGACCGACGGUAUGCUCCAGCGUGAGAUCCUGAUGGAUCCGAACCUGGAGAGAUAUUCUGUCAUUAUGCUGGACGAGGCGCACGAGCGGACCAUUGCCACUGAUAUUCUAUUUGCGCUGCUCAAGAAAACAUGCAAGCACCGUCCGGACUUGAAAGUCAUCGUUACCUCCGCAACGCUAGACGCCGACAAAUUCUCAGCUUACUUUAACGAAUGCCCGAUCUUCACCAUUCCGGGACGCACAUUCCCGGUCGAGAUCCUGUACUCUCGAGAACCCGAGUCGGAUUAUUUGGAUGCCGCCUUGGUGACGGUAAUGCAAAUACAUCUCACAGAACCCCCUGGCGAUAUUCUUGUCUUCCUCACAGGACAAGAGGAGAUCGACACCAGUUGCGAGAUCUUAUAUGAGCGCAUGAAGGCUCUUGGCCCCAACGUGCCGAACCUCAACAUUUUGCCAGUAUACUCUGCAUUACCCAGCGAGCAGCAGAGUCGAAUUUUCGACCCGGCGCCCCCAGGCGAACGCAAAGUCGUCAUCGCAACCAACAUUGCUGAGACGUCUAUCACCAUCGAUCAUAUUUACUACGUGAUUGACCCAGGCUUUGUAAAGCAGAAUGCCUACGAUCCCAAGCUUGGUAUGGAUGCUCUGGUCGUUACCCCUAUUUCCCAGGCUCAAGCCAACCAGAGGGCUGGGCGAGCCGGGCGAACGGGUCCCGGAAAGUGCUUCAGGCUGUACACCGAAGCAGCAUAUCAGUCUGAGAUGCUGCCGACAACAGUCCCUGAGAUACAGCGGCAAAACCUGUCGAACACAAUUCUCAUGUUGAAGGCUAUGGGAAUCAACGACCUGCUAAAUUUCGAUUUCAUGGACCCGCCGCCAACGAAUACCAUGCUUACGGCAUUGGAGGAGCUCUAUGCACUUUCGGCGCUUGAUGAUGAGGGUCUUCUGACCCGUCUUGGCCGCAAGAUGGCCGACUUCCCCAUGGACCCGUCACUGUCCAAAGUGCUCAUUGCUGCCGUGGAUUUGGAAUGCUCCGAAGAGGUCCUGAGUAUCAUCUCCAUGUUGAACGUGCCUACUGUAUUCCAUCGACCCAAGGAGAAGCAGCAGCAAGCAGACCAGAAGAAGGCCAAGUUCCAUGAUCCGAGCGGUGACCACCUGACGCUCCUGAACGUCUACAAUGCAUGGAAGACUUCGGGCUUCUCGAACCCCUGGUGCUUUGAGAACUUUAUCCAGGCGCGGGCCAUGCGCCACGCCUUCGAGGUCCGGAAACAGCUCGUCCAGAUCAUGGGGCGGCACCGGCACCAGCUCGCGUCGUGCGGCCGGCACACGCAGAAGGUGCGGCAGGCGCUCUGCUCUGGCUUCUUCCGCAACUCGGCGCGCAAGGACCCGCAGGAGGGCUACAAGACGCUGAUCGAGGGCACGCCCGUGUACCUGCACCCGAGCUCGGCGCUGUUCGGCAAGCAGGCCGAAUGGGUCAUCUACCACACGCUGGUGCUGACGACCAAGGAGUACAUGACGCACACGACGACCAUCGAGCCCAAGUGGCUGGUCGAGGCCGCCCCGACCUUCUUCAAGGUCGCCCCCACGGACCGGCUCAGCAAGCGCAAGAAGGCCGAGCGCAUCCAGCCGCUGUACAACAAGUUCGCGACCGAGGACGACUGGAGGCUCAGCGCGCAGAGGAAGGGAGGCAGGGGUGGUGGCGGUGGUGGCACCUGGGGUUAG